AAUUGGCUUUACUUACUGCGAGUUCUGCGAGAAUCGUUUACACGAAUCGAUAACUUCCAAAAUUGGAAUUAUGGAAGAGUCGACAGUAGCAGUGGCAAUGGCAGAUGUGAUGAUGUACGAUGAUGCCACGAAACAGUGGCUCUCACCUGACGGGUCUAGUGAAGCAGUCCGAUCACAGGUGCAAAUAUUACACAAUGUUCAGACCAACGCGUUUCGUAUUGUGGGCACUCGUUGGCUGGACGGACAGUGGAUCCUUAAUUGCAAUAUUUACGAGAGAUUGAGGUACAAGCCAGCGACACCAACGUUUCAUCAGUGGAGAGAUGAAAAAAGAAAAGUUUAUGGCCUAAGUUUCAUGAAGGAAGAAGAUGCUCGUCUUUUCGUCAAAGUUAUGACGCAAGUGCUGUCGAUAUUAACAUCGAGUAGUGAUUAUCAGAAUGGCAGUGAUUUGGGUUUCUCGAAUACUAUCUACCAAGAGCCGCAUCAAUUACAUCAUAAUACAUACAGUUCACCAUCAUUUCGAGGCGCUGAUGAUGAAAGUUUAUGUUCUGGUGGCGGUUCGCUGGCGCAAAAUAUGAACAACUUCCGAAAAUCAUCACAGUCGGUGCAAAGUUCAGCCAGUGCUACCGGAGCUGCAACAACGAUGAUGGUAUAUAAUGUACAACGGCGUGCUUCACAAGGUUCAUCGAGUUCUUCCAAUGGUUCCUCACUACCUCCUGCAAUUUAUGCAACUUCUAAUAAUAACUGCCCUGCCAGUAGUUCUGUUCGACCUCCUCCAGCUACAUCUAUUGCAAGCAAUUAUAAUUCCACGCCGUCACUUUCCAUCAGUUCUGCCAAUGUUGCAACAAUUUCCUCAAAUGCACCACCAGCGCCACCACCGCCGCCACCUCCAUCUUCUCUGUCAUUGGGCAAAGGAAGUGGCAGCUCUAUUGCGGAUCAGUUGAAAAAAGUACAACUUCGGAAAGUCAGUGCACCACCAUCAUCGAAUUCAGCAACUUCCGGCGGCAGUAAUUUAUUAUCGGAGCUGGAAGCAACUCUCAGCAAGCGCAAAAAUCAGUGUGAUAACAGUGAUUCUCGUUCUAUCGGAAGUGAUACAGCAUCCUCAACAAAUGCCGUUGGCAAUGGGACUAUACGCCGCCCGCGGGAGAAGCAAGUUAAUGGCACUGCAAAUAAUACUGAUUCUCCAAAAGUAAAUCGCAAAUUGCCAAGCUCAAACUCGUUGAAUCAAGAGGAGUCACGAAAUGCAGGUCAUGGUGCUGCUAUAACAGUGGAAACUCUAGAGAAAUGGAAGGAAGAAAUUUUAAGCGAACUAAGACAAGAAAUAAAUAAAGCGAAGAAUGGAAUUAUCGAGGCUUUACGUUCCGAACUGUGUUUGCAAAAAAGGUAGAAAAUG